UCGAACGCGCGGCGGCGGCGGCGGCGGGAAGAUGGCGGAGUCCGGUGGCGGCGGUGGCGCCGGUGGCGGCGGCUUCGGCGCGGGCCCGGGGCCCGAGCGCCCAAGCAGCAUGGCUGACAAAAAUGGAGCUCUCAAGUGCACCUUCUCAGCACCCAGCCAUAGCACCAGCCUCCUGCAGGGCCUGGCUGCCCUCCGUGCCCAGGGCCAGCUCCUGGACGUUGUACUCACCAUCAACAGAGAGACCUUCCAUGCACAUAAAGUGGUCCUGGCCGCCUGCAGCGACUACUUCAGGGCCAUGUUCACGGGUGGCAUGAGGGAGGCGAGCCAGGAUGUCAUCGAGCUGAAGGGUGUGUCAGCCCGUGGCCUGAGGCACAUCAUUGACUUUGCCUAUAGUGCCGAGGUGACGCUGGACCUGGACUGUGUGCAGGAUGUGCUGGGUGCGGCUGUGUUCCUGCAGAUGCUUCCUGUGGUGGAGCUGUGCGAGGAGUUCCUUAAGGCCGCCAUGAGCGUAGAGACCUGCCUGAACAUUGGCCACAUGGCCACCACCUUUAGCCUGGCCUCGCUCAAGGAGUCCGUGGAUGCCUUCACCUUUGAGCACUUCCUGCAGAUCGCAGAGGAGGAGGACUUCCUGCACCUGCCGCUGGAGCGCCUCGUCUUUUUCCUGCAGAGCAAUCGGCUGCAGAGCUGUGCCGAGAUCGAUCUGUUCCGGGCCGCAGUCCGCUGGCUGCAGCACGACCCAGCCCGGCGGCCACGGGCCAGCCACGUGCUCUGCCACAUCCGCUUCCCGCUCAUGCGGUCGUCAGACUUGGUGGACAGCGUGCAGACGCUGGACAUCAUGGUGGAGGACAUGCUGUGCCGCCAGUACCUGCUGGAGGCCUUCAACUACCAGGUGCUGCCCUUUCGGCAGCACGAGAUGCAAUCCCCACGCACAGUCGUGCGCUCAGAUGUGCCCUCCCUGGUCACCUUUGGUGGCACACCCUAUACUGACAGCGACCGCUCUGUCAGCAGUAAGGUGUACCAGCUGCCUGAGCCGGGUGCCCGCCACUUCCGGGAGCUUACAGAGAUGGAGGUGGGCUGCAGCCACACGUGUGUGGCUGUGCUAGACAACUUUGUGUACGUGGCCGGGGGCCAGCACCUGCAGUACCGCAGUGGUGAGGGUGCUGUGGACGCCUGCUACCGCUAUGACCCCCACCUGAACCGCUGGCUGCGCCUGCAGGCCAUGCAGGAGAGCCGUAUCCAGUUCCAGUUGAACGUGCUGUGUGGCAUGGUGUAUGCCACGGGUGGCCGCAACCGGGCCGGCAGCCUGGCCUCAGUUGAGAGGUACUGCCCACGGCGCAAUGAGUGGGGCUACGCCUGCUCUCUGAAGCGCCGCACCUGGGGCCACGCGGGUGCCUCAGAGGGGGGCCGCCUCUACAUUUCAGGCGGCUAUGGCAUCUCUGUGGAAGACAAGAAGGCGCUGCACUGCUAUGACCCUGCCGCUGACCAGUGGGAGUUCAAGGCACCCAUGAGCGAGCCCCGUGUACUUCACGCCAUGGUGGGUGCUGGCGGCCGCAUCUAUGCCCUGGGUGGCCGUAUGGACCACGUCGACCGCUGCUUUGACGUGCUGGCGGUGGAGUACUACGUGCCCGAAACAGACCAGUGGACCAGUGUGAGCCCCAUGCGGGCUGGCCAGUCAGAGGCCGGCUGCUGCCUACUGGACAGGAAGAUCUACAUCGUGGGGGGCUACAACUGGCGCCUCAACAAUGUGACGGGCAUUGUGCAAGUAUACAACACAGAGACGGACGAGUGGGAGCGUGACCUGCACUUCCCAGAGUCCUUUGCAGGCAUUGCCUGUGCCCCUGUCCUGCUGCCCCGGUCGGGGACCAGGAGCCAUCUACUCCUGCUUUGUCCCGUAUUCACGUUGUCAUGCCACCAGGCCUGUGCCCACUCAGCAAGGCAAGCCGGGUGGGUGGUGUGUCCUCUUCCUUUCAAGGGCUUUGUGGCAUCUCUGGCCACAUUUGUUUUGGUGUCAAACCUCUAAAGCUGGUUUUUGGUUUUUUUGGUUUUAUUUUGGUUCUGUUUUGCUUUUUUUUAAGACACCAGCAUUGCUGUCUUAUAAAUGGGAUUUGUACCCUUGGGGCAACUUAAAGUGUCUCUUCUGCUGCUAAUGGACGAUUGAUGUCGUGUCUCUGUGACCCACUCACCGUGUAAAGAAUUAACCUCAUAUCUUAGCAGAUGUCAUCUCCUAAUGUUUUCCUUCAUUUAAUAAAAAUGUUACGGUGAAAAGAUGGAGCAGGCCCAGUACUGAGCUUGUAGGGCCUGAUGGGUCACAGAUUCUUCAUGUCCUCGGUGUAGUUAGGGGCUCCUCUCCCCUCUUUGCCCUUUUCCAGUAUUGCAGAGGAGCUGGAAGGAGGGCUGGCCACUGGCUCAGGGGUAGGGGCAGUAGGAAUUGUGGCCAGAACUUCUACUGAGUGCCUGGAAGACAGAGGGCAAAUCUGCCCUGGGCGGGGUGGCCUUUGGAGAGACUCUCUCCAGGUUCUUCCAUGAGCCUGGCGGCUUGGCCCCCUGCCACCAGACAGCCCCCAGCUCUUGGCAGGUUGUCUCCAUCUGCUCAGUACUGGGAUGUGAGAUUGGGGAUCUGGGGAGCCCCUCUCCCUGGAGGCCAUGAUGGGGGAAAUACAGGGCAGGUCCUAAAGGAAGCAUGAAGUCAUCACCAUUCCAUAUGGGCCUAAGAGCUCUGUGAAUUGCCCCCAACCUCUGCUCUCAUGGCUGGCCUCGCUGCGAACUGGCCUGUAUGUUGGAGAAUGCCUGCAUUUCACAGAUAGCUUUCUGAGAGGGGAGGCUUCCAAGAUCACCCUCAAAAUGCACUUGCAGGCUGGUGCUCCUGUGCAGCAGCCAUCAGGGUCCCAGAGCAAGGCUGGAUGUGUGGGUCGGGGGCAGUGUUGAAAUAAAAACUUGGUUUGGAACCAGGAAGGAGCCCGUGCUGCCAGGGGCAUUGAAACGAAAGCAGCAGCCCUUGGGGACUUACCAGAACAUUCCAGUCCCUUUUCACCACCCCUCACCCCGACCUGAGCUCCCCCAAAAAGAACCCUUCCCUGCUAGAGGCACGGCCCCUUCAGGGGGGCAGUGAGAAUCUUUUGCCAGCUGCAAGUCCCCCCAGAUCAGCUCACACCUCAGAACAUCUU